AUGGUAGGCGGCGGAAGCAGCGGCGGUGGAAGAAGAGGAGAAUCGGCGGAUCUUCAUUCGGCGGCGAGAUCCGGUGAUUUAGCGGCUGUUCAAUCUAUUAUCAGCUCUAAUCCUUUAGCCGUCAAUUCUAGGGAUAAACAUUCUCGGACUCCGCUACACUUGGCAGCAUGGGCAGGCCAUAACGAGGUCGUGAGCUACUUAUGCAAAAACAAAGCCGAUGUUGGCGCUGCAGCAGUAGAUGACAUGGGUGCUAUUCACUUUGCUUGCCAAAAGGGACACUUGGAAGUUGUGAGAACUCUGUUAUCCGCCGGGGUUUCAGUGAAGUCCAUCACUCGUAAGGGACUUACACCUCUUCACUACGCUGCUCAAGGUUCUCACUUUGAGCUCGUCAAGUACUUGGUUAAGAAAGGAGCAGAUGUCAGAGCCAUGACAAAGGCCGGGAAGAAUCCAGCAGAUGUUGCGGGUAACGCCGAAACCCAAAACUUCCUUGAAGAAUGUGAAGAGCAAGCGAGGAAAGGUAAAGCAAACAAUGAGAAAAAGACAGAAGAAGUGAAACCAGAGAGUCGUAGUAUUGAAGGAGAUAACAAGGAUCUAAAAAGAAAGGAUCCCGAGGUUGGAAACGAGGAGGAGAAAGAAGAAGCUUCUUCGAAUGCGAAAAAGCCAAAAGUUGUUCUUCCUCAUCUUCAAGACACUGACGACACAGAAGCUGAUCGAGAAGAAGAAACUGAGGAACCAAACAACAAUGUAACUUCAUCUCAUCCAUCAGAAAUGUCUACUUGA